CGUUCAUUGAGUUCUUACGCAUGCGAGCGACGUAGAGGUCGUGUUGACGUUCGAAAAUGUCUGCUCUUUACCCGACAGUUCUGCUGUGUGUUUACGGGUUCUUCACGAACAUGCGGCCGUCGGAACCUUUCCUCACUGCCUUCCUGAUGGGACCAGACAAGAACCUGACAGAAACACAGGUGGUGAAUGAAAUCUAUCCAGUAUGGACAUAUUCCUACCUCGUGCUGCUGUUCCCUGUCUUCCUUGCCACCGACUACCUCUGUUAUAAGCCUAUAUUAGUCCUGCAGGCCACUAGCUUGGUCGUCACCUUUGUCAUUCUGCUGAAGGCACAGGGCAUGUUGGCCAUGCAGCUUCUGGAGUUUUUCUUUGGACUGGCCACAGCCUCGGAGGUGGCCUACUACUCGUACAUCUACAGCGUGGUUGAGCCGGCUUACUACCAGAGAGUGACAGGCUACUGCCGCAGCGCCACUCUGUUUGGAUCUGCUGCCGGAUCUCUGUUGGGACAGCUUCUGCUCCUGGUCGACAAAGUUGAGCUGCUCCAUCUUGUCAUUUUUACUUUAACAUCAGCCACUGUGGCCUUUGUUGCUCCGUGGUUUCUGCCCAUGCCCAAGAAGAGCUUGUUUUUCCACAAAAGCCCUGCAGAAGCUAAGAAGAGGCGGCACAGCAGCAGCUCAUUCUUCCUGGACAAGAAUGUGGAAGAUUCAGAGAGUGAAGUGCCUCUGAGGAGCCAGGAUGUCUGCACAAUACCCACGUCGUCCAAACCAGACAGCUCCAGCAGUGGUGUUGUAAAGGUGUUGAAAAUGCUGUUCAAUGAUUUCCUGCAGUGCUACAGAAGUCGCUCCUUGCUGGCCUGGUCACUGUGGUGGGCGCUGGCCACAUGUGGCUACUUCCAGGUCAUCAACUACGCUCAAGCUCUGUGGGAGAACAUUCGUCCAUCCAAGGACUAUGAAAUUUACAAUGGCUAUGUAGAAACAGUGUCCACACUGUUAGGGGCUCUGGGAGCUCUGUUGGUCGGCUACCUGCCUGUGCGCUGGGCUCUGUGGGGCGAGCUGGCUCUGUGCAUCCUCUCUCUACUCAUGGCUGCGUGUGUGUUUGUCAUGGACACACUGAAGAACAUCUGGCUGUGUUACAGCUCAUACGUCCUCUUCAGAGCCACAUACAUGCUGCUCAUCACAGUGGCCACAUAUCAAAUUGCAGCCAGUCUCAGCAUGCAGCGGUAUGCACUGGUGUUUGGAGUGAACACCUUUAUAGCUCUUCUUCUGCAGACUCUGCUCACUCUAGUGGUGGUGGACUCUGCAGGCCUCGGCCUUGAUGUCUUCACUCAGUUCCUUAUCUAUGCCGGCUACUUUGCAGUCAUUUCCGCAGUCUUCUUCCUGGCUUGGCUUUUCAAACUUGCCUCCAAGAGGCGCUCUGAGCAGGAAGCAGUGUCCAGAGCAGAAGAUAAAACACAAAGCAGCUGCAAACUUGAGGCACCAAAGCCGAGUGAACACAGUGAUUCGACAAGGUGAGCUUUAAUUAAGUCUGUGUAGUGACUGUUGUGGCCUACACUGCUUAAAACACUUUGGCCACUGGGUGUCAGUAGAGCUGACAGACAUAGCAGAGGAGUAUCAGUACAGGAUUGAUGUAAUUGUUGAUGUGUUUUGCUACAUCCACACUAUUAUAUUUUCCUUUUAAAACACAUCACAUCUGCUACAGUUAUGCCUGGAAUCCAUACUAACCCAGAGUUUUCAAAUCACAGAAAUGGAGAAGUGUGGAUCGCAUAUUCCACUUUCCUCCUUUUAGUCUGGAACAAGUAGACGCAGACUUUAGACAUUAUGGAGCAGUAAUCCACAUUCACUGUGUGAUUGGCUCUUACCAGUUGUUACGCCAUUGCCUGCUGUGAACAAACUGCUUAUUAGAGUUUCUUUCAAUUUCACCUCGUUGUUGAUCUCAUAACAGAAAUUACAGCUCUGACUUUUCACAAUUGUUUCUCAUUUGUAGUCGGCCUGUGCAUACAAGAUCAGAGAAAUGUGUUUUUUCUUGAGGUUGCAAACACAAAGUUAUUUUUGACCAGGCCAUUUCAUACAUCACAAGUGCAGAACCCCUGGGAAUUUCCCAUUGGGAAUGGCAUUAUUAUAGCACUAACCAUGCCCACUUCAGAUGUCUGGCCAAUCACACAAUAAGUUGUUGGACACCAAACAAGAAAAAAAGUUCUGCCCAGGUGAUGUUUCAAGAACAAGCUUCAAGAACUCCCAAACGAGGGCUGCAAGAAAAUAAUGACUUCUCGCAGCCCUGGGAGAAAGAGAAAGAGAGAGCACAUUUCUCUGUUCUGGAGUCUGUACAGUCAUUAAUGACAGCACUUACUGAAUCCUCAUAAUGGCAGACUGAAAUUGUCUUGGGUUCAAAUUACAGUAUCUUUACAGUUGAUUUAGCAGCUAUUAAGAAUGUGGUAAAAGAUGUGAUAAACUGAUGCCUUAUGUGGAGUACACACUACAAAACAAUACCUGCAUCUUUGCAUGAACCUGUCAUUUUAACUUGAACAAACCUUUAGACUUGCCAAAAAUCUGUUUCAUACUGUCAACACAUGCUGUACUGUAUUCUUAUUUUGUAGCUUAUUACUGUCUAUGUCUAAUGAACACGAUACUGAUGAAGCUUGAAAUGUUACGUUGUUCACCAAUGUGAAGCAAACAUAUUGUUUGACAUUGUUGGGCUGAGAUGUUUGUUAGUGCCUAAAAAGGUCAAAUGAGAACUUUUUUUGGAUGAACUUGUGAUAAUUUUCUAUUUGUCAGCAAAAACAAUCACUUUAGGGGCUACCGGCUACUGUCAGCAGUUGGAUGCUGUAGUGAGUAUUAAGUGCAGUGGGAACAUGUGUGAAAUGGAGUCUGUUCGUUCACAACCCAAAUUGAGGUAGCACAUGGACAGAAGGCAUUCUGUCCCGUUUCCAUCCCAUUUCCAAAUCUUGUUUUUCACCAAAAUGGAAAGGCCUAAAUCACUGUGUUUCAGAGUCAUUUUAAGAAGGUAAAGCUCAUACUUACAAACAUUGCAAUAAUAUUGCAUUUAUUUUGGUCAGGAAAAUGUUUUGAGGACAGCGUGUGUUCAUGGCAAUGAAUAAACACGUACAGGAUGACAUUAGGCUUUGGAUACACACACUUGAUUGUUUCUGUGGACAAGAUAAUACAUUUUGAAUUUAGAUUAAAAGUAAAAGUGAUUACCAUGCUAUUCUUGUAUCAACAAACAUGUUUGCACUAUUAAUACCUGCUGCUUUAGUGAAUGUGUGGUACACUUCAGAUAAUACUAACGUUAUACACCAUUAUUUUCUACUAGACAACUUAUAUAGCUGCUUCAUGAUGUUUAUGAUAGUCUGUGAAUGAGAUCUGGUACUUGCAAAUGUGUUAUCCUACAAGACGUACAAUCAUCUCAUCAACAAAAUCAGGUGAUGGAAAACAGAAAUUUGUAAACUCCUCACUCACAAAAUAAAACAUUUGAACUUACUAAUGGAGGCAGCAGUGGAUCAACAACACGUGUGUGCCGUUAUGUAAAAUAGCUGACUCUCUCCAUGGACUUUGUUCACAAAGCGACACAUAAUUCAGUUUCCAGACGGUUGAAUAGUUAAAUGACGAGUAAAACAUUUUUCAUAUAUCAUGAUAUAAGAAAGCACAGAGAUAUAAACUUAUUUUGUAGGUACUGUAUUUAUUUGUACCCACUUCAGUGGAGAUGACGGUCAACUUGGCACAUGAAUAGUGAAUGUGUGUGUUCUGUAUUUCUGAGAAAAAGUAUUUAUAAAUGUAUGAAAUCCUGUGCCCAUGGAAAAAAACAAUGUUCUCUAUGCAAAAAGUAUCUCAAAUAAACUUUCCUUUUGCCUUACAA